AUGUUUACAAAUGCAUUGUCGUAUGCGAAGAAAUCUAUAAACAUUUGUUUUGAUUUAAAGAACAAACAAAUAGAAACAUUGAAACAACUUUAUGAUGGAAAAGAUUGUGUGUCGAUCCUACCAACUGGAUACGGCAAAAGCGUUAUUUUUCAACUUCUGCCAUUUCUAUUUCAAUUUAAAAGAAAACCCAAGACACCUGGAAUCGUAAUUAUUGUGUGUCCUUUAAAUUCUUUGAUGCAGGAUCAGGUCAUGAGUCUGUCCAACAAAGGAAUCAAAGCGUGUUUUUUAUCUGUUGAAGGCACAGGGGGUCUGAGAUACAAUAUCGAAGGCAAACCCAGUGGAGACGAAGAGGGUGAUCAAUUGGACAUUUAUAUUCCUCACUAUGUUUCAUUAGAUGAUCUACAACAUGGACACUUUCAUCUCAUUUAUGCUCACCCAGAGACUCUGUUACGUAAUCAUACCAUAUCUACCAUGCUAAGAUCAAAGACCUAUAGGGAGAAUGUGUGUGGCAUUGUUGUUGAUGAAGUCCAUAUGAUCUCAGAAUGGGGGCCAGAUUUUCGGACAGCCUUUAAAGAUUUGUCAGAGUUGACCUGCCUCUUUCCAUUACCAACAUCUGUACACUUGGCUCUCACAGCAACAGCAACAAGAAUGGUUGUAGCAGAUCUGACAAAGGAGUUAUGUCUUGCAGAUCCAGUCAUUGUAUCAUCAAACCCAGAUCGUCCAAACAUAUUCAUUGAGGUAUGCCGUGACCUUCCAAAUGUGAACAAGAUGGACAAACUGGAUGCUGCAUUGGAGCCGAUUGCCAGGGAACUGAGGGAAAAGUUACUAUCCUUUCCAGUUACAGUUGUGUACGUAAAUGACCUUGCUUCGUUGGGUUACUGCUAUCAGUACAUUGAAGAUGAACUUCAAGACAACGCAUACCACCCAAAGACUGAGAAGAUUCCAGAAAAUCGAAUUUUUGGACAAUUUCAUAAGGACUAUACAUUAAAAAUGAAAGCUCACAUUGUUGAUGAACUAAGAAAAUCUAACCCAAAGCUUCGCCUUAUAUUUACGACAGUUGCUUUGGGAAUGGGGCUAAAUUCCCCUUGUAUUAGUUCAGUGAUACAUUUCCGACCUCCUACAACACUGGAAAAGUAUUUCCAGGAGAUAGGUAGAGCUGGUAGAAAUGGCCAACCUGCAAAUGCCAAAAUGUACUUUAAUAUGAGUGAUCUAGCUUCCAAUAGGACAGGACUUUCACCUGCGAUGAGCAAAUUCUGUUUGAACAGUACAACAUGUUUAAGGAAGCAAAUUGUAAAUCAUUUUGGUUUCCAUUCUGUUCUGUAUAAUGGAGAAAUCAACAUGUGCUGUUCAAAUUGUAGAACAAGAUGA